UAGUUUUAUCUGAGAACACAACAAAUAGAGAAGGCAGGAGCCUUGAACCAGAAGUCCGCACCUUGGUGCCGGACAUUCCAUCGGUACUCGCGCGAGAUCCAAGGGAAUAUCUAUCUUGGUACCUUUCUGCCUUUUGCUCCUCUGCUUCGUCGCCUUCGCCUCCUUGGAAUCCUCCGAGACCAAAAGGAGGAGAAUAAAGGGGGCACAAAUUCCUUUCCUUUUCCUUCUUCUUUUCCGCAGUCGAUGGCCGCAUCGGGUCUCUCCCUUUUGUUGAUCCUUUGCUCGUGGUCUCUAAUGGCGGGCUCCGCCGCGUGCCAGGGGCCGCCGGGGCUCAGCUACGUCGUCUCGAGCUACUCGCGCGGCGAGACCUGGCUCAGGCCCUACGCCUGGAGUUACUUGCGAGUUGAGCUGCCACCUUGGUUCUCUUCCAUGGCCAUGACUUUUUUGUCAGAUGUGGACAUUGAUAUGGAACAAAUGGAACGACUUCCAAAGAGCACACUUCCUGUGAUAUGUUUCAAAGAGGGCAGUCCUCCUAUUCCAGAUAUAUCAGAAACUUACUUGAAAGAUUCAUUUUCAAAUUUUAUCUUGAAUGGAUCUUUUGGAGGUGCACAGAAUCUCUCCAAUGUGGAUACAUGCAUUCCAUUCCAGAAAAAUCUUACAGUGAUAUUGACAAGUGAACAGAUAUCUCCAGGAAUAUGGUACAUUGGAUUCUUCAAUGGCCUUGGACCUGCUCGUACACAAUCAAAAAUGAUUAGUCGAGGCAAGGCAUAUGUGUUCAGCACCAGCAUAUUUGUAGAAGGAUGUGCGGCCUCAACAAUUUGGGGUCCUUACUGUAAUCAGACAGUCGAUAUGAUUUCUUGUUCUCAAUCUUUAUUAAACAAGCAAUCAAGGAAUCUUUUAGAUUUAACAAUGGACAAAAGUGGCAGUUUGAACCAUAUGAUGAGAUCUGGAGACCAUAGGAAAUCUGGUUAUCAUUUGGUGUCCAAAGGAUUUUCUAUGGUAGAGAAACAAGUGGUGUCCAAUACCAGUAUGCUCACAACAGCAGAAAAUUUGAUCACAUGCAGCAAUUCUAUCGAGUCAUCAUGUCUUGGACAGGGAGAGUUAAAAUUCUACUUCUUGGAUAUAUUGGGUAUAGCAUCCCAAUUUAAAAUUUCAAGUACUGAUUUCAGAUUAAAUCAAACAUCUUCCAUGAAUAACCCACCAAACUUUAGUGGAAUGCUUCUAAUGUGUUAUGUUCGCUUUAAUGCAAUGCCGCUUAGGACUUUACAUGAUCAUUCUGCUGAUAUAAGCAGGGCUCCUUUAAUUGUAAAGUCGCCAAAAAUUGGACGCUGGUUCAUUGCCAUUGAGGCUGUUAACCAGACACAAGUGAAUGGAGUGAUGCAAGAAAGAUACUCAGAGAUCAGUCUGUGUUUCUCAUUUCAGUGGCAAGUGUAUGAAUGCCUCGGUGGAAAGGCUGGAGUCAACUGUACAUGGGAGACAUAUGUCCUUCAGAGAGUCCCCAAAAGAAGUUCGACUGUUCCUUUUGAAUCAUAUUAUCUUCCUAUUAUUGAAUAUGGGUCCACGGAGUACAGUGAUUUCCCCUUGGAACACCUUUUGAGCAACUCCUCUGUUGAGCAAUCUGGAUGGACUUACUUCUUCCUGGACAUUCCCAAUGGUGCGGCAGGGGCUAAUAUGCAUGUUCAGUUGACAUCAGAUUCAAAAAUCAAUUAUGAAAUAUACUCCAGAUUUGGUGGCUUACCAUCUAUUGAUAGCUGGGACUAUUAUGUGAACAGCACAACUAGUAGCAAUGGUUCCAUGUUUUUGGCAUUGAAUGAUUCAAGUGGUAAAAAAAUUGAAUUUUAUAUUUUAUAUGCCAGAGAAGGAACCUGGUGUUUUGGACUGAAGCAUCCUCUUGACAAUCAUUUCAAAUAUCAGACUACCAUGUCCAUUUCCCUUGAUGGAUGCCCCAAUCACUGUAAUCAUAAUGGAGCAUGUCACAGUUCAAUAGAUGAAAGUGGAUUGACAAUUUACAGCUACUGCGCCUGUGAUCGUGACCAUGGAGGCUUUGAUUGCAGCAAUGAACUUGUUACCCCGAAAGGACACAUGUGGCAGUCAAUCUUUCUAGUUGCUUCGAAUGCAGCAGCUAUCUUACCCUCAUUUUGGGCUCUUCGACAGAAGGCAUAUGCUGAAUGGGUCCUCUUCUCUUCAAGUGGAAUUUCAAGUGGUUUAUAUCAUGCAUGUGAUGUAGGCACCUGGUGUGUCCUGUCUUUCCGUGUACUACAGUUUCUGGACUUUUGGCUUUCUUUUAUGGCUGUGGUGAGCACUUUUAUAUAUAUGGCUACAAUUGAUGAGGCUUCAAAAAGAGCGAUCCACACAAUUGUAUCUAUCAUCACUGCUCUGUUGGCUGUGAUGGGUGCAACCAGGUCAGCAAAUAUUGUCAUUGUUAUAGCAAUAGGCAUUCUUGGUCUUCUUUUCGCAUGGUUUUUAGAGUUUUCCACGGCACACAGAGCCAUAUACUGUCCACCAAGAUUUGACUUCAAUAUGCCUGAAAGAUGGCAAAAUAUUAAAAGUUGGUUCUGGAACCUUAUGAAAACACUGCAGAAAAGAUUUCGUUGGCGAUUUAUGUUAUUUGGUUUUAUUGCAUUAGCUUUGGCAGCAACUAGCUGGAAAAUGGAAACCAAUGAAAGUUACUGGAUAUGGCAUAGCUUAUGGCAUAUUACCAUAUACACAUCUUCCUUCUUCUUCUUGUACUCAACUUGUGCAAAUGGAAGCAAUGGGCGGGAAGAGCCUGAAUAUCAGCUAACACGGCAGAACUCGUCAUCAAGAACGGAGCUAACAGAGUAAACAGAAACCAGAAAACUGGAUGAGGAAAUUUAUGGAAGCUGGUAGUCUUGUGCAUUUUUAAUGACUUUAUAGUGCCAAGUAAGGUGUGACUGAUAUUGGUAGAGCCAAAUAUGUAUGCUUGCAAUGCCAGGAGUCCAUCAAUUUCUGAAGAAAUUAGCAUCCCAGAAAUUGUGGGGAUUUUAUUUAUGUCUUGCCACAUCAUGCUAUGAUGAUGAUGCACAGCCAAGUGUCCAAGGAACCGGCUGUUCAGAUUGAUCCGAUCUGAUGCCUCGAGAUACAACAAUUGUACAGUUCAGAGGGGACAAAUAAGGAUUGGGGUUCAAUUUUCAUAGAUACGUGUAAUAUGUAAAAAGGGCAGUCUGGCUGAAAUUUUGUGGGGUUAGUGAGUGAGAUUAGUGGAUUCUAUGUUGGUUAUUUUCAACUAUGUUUGAUAGGGAAUUUUUCUGUUAUUCCUAUAAAAUUUGCAGCAAUAAUUAGGUUAUCCUAAAGAUCCUACACGUCAAAUAAUAAUGUUAGAAUUGAUUGUAAAUGGGGGAAUUACUUCAGAGUUUAUUGAAAUGAUUGGGUUCAGACUAUUUUAUACUCA